AUGGCCCCACUAUUCCUAUGCCUGCUGGCAGCCCUAGCGCUGGCCCGGGUCCCUGCAGCCUUCGCUGAUGCCCUGGAAACGGACAGCUCAGAGGACCGGGCCUUCCGUGUGCGCAUCGCGGGCGACGCGCCACUGCAGGGCGUGCUGGGCGGCGCGCUCACCAUCCCGUGCCACGUGCACUACCUGCGGCCGCCGCCGAGCCGCCGCGCCGUGCUGGGCUCUCCGCGGGUCAAGUGGACCUUCCUGUCCGGGGGCCGGGAGGCCGAGGUGCUGGUGGCCCGGGGGCUGCGCGUCAAGGUGAGCGAGGCCUACCGGUUCCGCGUGGCGCUGCCUGCCUACCCGGCGUCGCUCACGGAUGUCUCCCUGGCACUGAGCGAGCUGCGGCCCAACGAUUCGGGCAUCUACCGCUGCGAGGUCCAGCACGGCAUAGAUGACAGCAGCGACGCCGUGGAGGUCAAGGUCAAAGGGGUCGUCUUUCUCUACCGCGAGGGCUCUGCCCGCUAUGCCUUCUCCUUCACUGGGGCACAGGAGGCCUGUGCCCGCAUCGGAGCCCGUAUCGCCACCCCCGAGCAGCUCUACGCCGCCUACCUCGGAGGCUAUGAGCAAUGUGAUGCUGGCUGGUUGUCUGACCAGACCGUGAGGUACCCCAUCCAGACGCCACGAGAAGCCUGUUACGGAGACAUGGACGGCUUCCCUGGUGUCCGGAACUACGGAGUGGUGGACCCGGAUGACCUCUAUGAUGUCUACUGUUAUGCUGAAGACCUCAAUGGAGAGCUGUUCCUGGGUGCUCCUCCAGACAAGCUGACAUUGGAGGAGGCACGGGCAUACUGCCGGGAGCGGGGUGCAGAGAUUGCCACGACGGGCCAGCUGUAUGCAGCCUGGGAUGGUGGCCUGGACCGCUGCAGCCCGGGCUGGCUAGCCGAUGGCAGUGUGCGCUACCCCAUCGUCACACCCAGCCAGCGCUGUGGUGGGGGCCUCCCUGGUGUCAAGACUCUCUUCCUCUUCCCCAACCAGACGGGCUUUCCCAACAAGCACAGCCGCUUCAACGUCUACUGCUUCCGAGACUCUGCCCAGCCCUCUGCCAUCCCUGAGGACUACAACCCAGUCUCUGACCCAGCCUCUGAUCGGCUGGAGGCCAUUGUGACAGUGACAGAGACUCUGGAGGAACUGCAGCUGCCUCGGGAAGCUGUGGAGAGCGAGUCCCGUGGAGCCAUCUACUCCAUUCCCAUCAUGGAGGAUGGAGGAGGUGGAAGCUCCACUCCAGAAGACCCAGCGGAGGCUCCUAGGACCCUCCUAGAAUUUGAAACCCAAUCCAUGGUACCUCCGCUGGGGUCCUCAGAAGAGGAAGGUGAGGCGUUGGAGGAAGAAGAGAAAAACAAGGAUGAAGAAGACAAAGACCAGGAGGAAGAAGAGGAGGAGGUGGAGCAUGACGCCCUGUGGGCCUGGCCCAACGAGCUCAGCAGCCCAGAACCAGAGGCCUCUCUCACCACUGAGCUGGCCCUAGAGGAGUCCGUCUCCCAGGCAUCCCCGCCAGCGAGGGCGGUCCUACAGCCUGGUGCAUCACCACCUCCUGAUGGAGAGCCAGAGGCUUCCAGGCCUCCAGGUGUCCUUGGACCACCCGCUGAGACUCUGCUCACUCCCAGGGAGGGGAACCUGGCAUCUGCACCACCUUCCACUCCAGAUGGGGCGAGAGAGGUGGGGGAGGAGACUGGGGGUCUCGAGCUGUCUGGGGUCCCUCGAGGAGAGAGUGAGGAGACAGGGAGCUCCGAGGAUGCCCCUGCCCUGCUUCCAGCCACACAAGCCCCUGAGGGUACCAGGGAGCUGGAGGCCCCCUCCGAAGAGAAUUCUGGAAGAACUGUCCCAGCGGGGACCUCAGUGCAGGCCCAGCCAGUGCUGCCCACUGACAGCGCCAGCCGCGGUGGAGUGGCCGUGGCCCCCUCAUCAGGUGACUGUGUCCCCAGCCCAUGCCACAAUGGGGGGACAUGCGUGGAGGAGGAGGAAGGGGUCCGCUGCCUAUGUUUGCCUGGCUAUGGGGGGGACCUGUGCGAUGUUGGCCUCCGCUUCUGCAGCCCCGGCUGGGACGCCUUCCAGGGCGCCUGCUACAAGCAUUUUUCUACACGAAGGAGCUGGGAGGAGGCAGAGACCCAGUGCCGGAUGUACGGCGCGCACCUCACCAGCAUCAGCACGCCCGAGGAACAGGACUUCAUCAACAAUCGAUACCGGGAGUACCAGUGGAUCGGACUCAACGACAGGACCAUCGAAGGCGAUUUCCUGUGGUCAGACGGCGUCCCCCUGCUAUAUGAGAACUGGAACCCUGGGCAGCCUGACAGCUACUUCCUGUCCGGAGAGAACUGCGUGGUCAUGGUGUGGCAUGAUCAGGGACAAUGGAGUGAUGUGCCCUGCAACUACCACCUGUCCUACACCUGCAAGAUGGGGCUGGUGUCCUGUGGGCCUCCACCGGAACUGCCCCUGGCUCAAGUGUUUGGCCGCCCACGGCUGCGCUAUGAGGUGGACACGGUGCUCCGUUACCGGUGCCGGGAGGGGCUGGCCCAGCGAAACCUGCCACUGAUCCGCUGCCAGGAAAAUGGUCUCUGGGAGCCCCCCCAGAUCUCCUGUGUGCCCCGCAGGCCUGCUCGAGCUCUGCGCCUAGUGAAGGCCCCAGAAGGACAUCAGGGGAGGCUACUGGGGCACUGGAAGGCGCUGUUGACUCCCCCUUCCAGUCCUGCUCCAGGUCCCUAAGGGGCAAGGCCUUGACCACUGCUGCCCCCAGCACUGCCCUCUCCCCACAACCCUCCCUCAAACCUGUGCUCUUCCCACCACAGGAAGUGACACCAUGAGAGGGGUGGAGCUGAAGUCCAGGUGGUAGUGCCUGGAGGGGCUUUUGGGAAAUGACUGGGCAGCUCCAGCCCCGCCUAGGCCCUCUCACCCCUCCCCUGGGCAUCAGGUUUUUCCCUCAGGGCCUCAGGAAAGUCCCUAAGUGCCUCUACUGCCCUCUCCUUGCCAGCCAUCCUGUCCUAUCCAUUCCCCUGGGGGGCGCUGUGCCCACUCAUCCUCAGUUUUCCAAGGGAAUGAGUUCGCAGGAUGAAGGACCUGUAAAGCCAGCAGGAAAUA